AUGUCGAAAUACUUGAAAUCACCAGACAAUAUGCUCACAUCAACAUGUCUACAUUCGAUUGCUCACUCAUAUAUUCUCAAUGAUAUCCGUUCGUCAAUUGACAAAAAUAUAUUUUAUGAACCCGAGUGUUUCGUAAAAGGAAAUGGCGAAGAAGUGUUACAGAAAAUGCUAGAAAAUUCGAAUUUUAAACUCAGAAUGUACGGAUCGGCCGAAGAGCUUGCACAGAAUCUAAAGAUUUAUCAAAAUUUUCCUGGAAGUCAGCAAUUUUUGGGAACCUAUCAUGAGCCAUACAUUAAUGCUCCAGCCAUUUUUCACAGUUUGAAAAAUGAGAAAUUCAUCUGCAGAUCGGACCUUUUCGUGAUUCUUCAAAAUAUGGCGGUGGAAAUCUCAUUGAUGCCUAAUGUUGACACUUUCCGAUAUGUGAUUGCCGGUGCUUUAAGUGGUCUUCCGAAACAGCAAGCGAAAUAUCUGGAAUUCGUAAAAUUCGAUCAGAAAGUGUUCGAUGAGAUUGAGAUGGAAAUGCGGAAAGCGAAUAGUAAGAAUGAAAUCGCUGAAACAGUGUCACAAGUAUCUUCUGGAAAUUUCGAAACACUGGUUGAGAAGUAUUUUAAAGUGAAAACUGCGGGCUACACUAAAGAAGAUUUUCGAAAUUUGAUCAAAAAUUACUACAAAGGUGUAAUGAAUUCGAACAAAAAUCCGGCUGAGGCGUUGACUGUAUACUCGGUGAAUAUGACCAUGGCGAUUUGUAUUCGAAACAUUAUUGAAACGAGACCAGAGAUGUUUCAGCAAAAGGCACCGAUUACCGUCAGAGUAUUUGAGGAUGGAGAUCAGAAAUUUGUGAUCGCAGCUGAAUUAGCUUAUGCUUUGUGGCCAGAAAGGCUAUCAGAAAUAUUUGAAAAUUAUAGUAAAGUUGGGCCACAUAUGUACACCACAAUGGGGCUGGAAGAAGCGAAAGAGAAGGGAGAAGGGAAUAUUGAGUUCAUCCGCUAUCCAAUCAAAAGAACCAAACACCGAGCUGUUCCGAUUAAAGGACCUAAUCCAGAAGACCCAAAUGAUUGGUGUAUUCUCGCUGUGGACGCUUUCUUCGAAUAUAUGAAGAGUAUCAUCACUGGAUUCAAGAUUUUUCAGAAAUGUUUCGAAACGUUUGCCGUUUUUAAGUACAUUUUUAAUGCUCUCGAGAAAGUAUUCAAACCCGAAGUUGAAUCGCCAUAUUUCUUACAAAUUGCAUCUGUCGAUAAUCUGUUGACGACGCUUCAGGACACUAUGAAAUCAUUUUCACCAAAUAAAGACGUUCGAAAUGCGAAACAAGACGGGUUCACUGCACAGCAUCUGAAGAACGAACUGAAUCAUUUGGGUCUUACUGGGCUCUUUCCGGAAAUCCUUGAUUAUUCUGAAGAUGUCUAUGAAGAAAUCUAUAAAGCGAAGAAGGAGAGAUUUCUGACAACCUGCGAUUUGUUUGAUGCUGUGGAGAAUUGUCAGUUGAUUUGUUUGCUCAAUAGAAUUCCGAAUCUCAAGAAGUUUCUUCACAACCAGAAAGGAUGUGGUAUGGUAUUCGGAUACAAAUGUGAGAAUUGUGAGAAGGAGAAGGAUGCUCAGAAUUCUAUGAGGAAUCUGAAAAUCAAGAGCUCAAAUGAACCAAUUCCAAACCAAUGCUCAAAACCAGCUCUCCCUGCUUCAACAGACUGCGAUAAGUGCUCAGAAUCUUCCAAUUCUCUCGAGGAGACUGAAAAUGAGCUGAAAAUAAGUGAAAAUCAGUUGAAGGAGAUGCAACAGAAGGUGUUGGAUACAGAGAAGGAAUCGAGUGACCUGAAGAAAGAACACGAGAAAAUUGUGGAAUCUGAAGCAAAGAAGACAGAGGAAUUGGCUAAAAUGAAGGAGGAAUUGAACAAUGAGAAGGAGAAGAAUCAGGAGAAAGACGAGGAGAUUCUGAAGGCGUCAAAAGAAAAUGAGGAACUUCAGAAGACAAUUCUCAAAUUGACAGCUGAAAAUGAGACAAAUGAGAGAGUGAUUCAGAAGUUACUCGAUAGAAUCAGAAAUUUAUCGACUAGUAACCACAAAACUACUGAAAUUAAUGAGAAAACUAUCGAAGAAUCGACUGCUUCUGUCACCUCUAAAAAUGCUCCCCUCGUUAUCGAUUGUCUCAUUUGUUCCAGUCAAAUCAAGGCGGGACAAGAAGUCAUCAGAUGUCCUUUGUGCAAACGAAGAUUCCAUUCGAAUUGUGCAUUCAAAUGGCGCAAAGACCACACUCAAUGCCCGGCGUGCAAUGGAGAUCUCCCUGGAAUUUAA